AUGGCGCAGAAAGCCUUUGCCAGUGCAGGUGUCGUUUCUCUGAUCCGUUUGAUGCAGUGGAUGGACGCUUCAAAGGGCCGCGUGCUCUUCAGCCAAAGCUUCCCGGGCUCCGCGCCAAAGGGUUGCGCGGUGAGCCUGCGCAUCCUUCCGGACAUGGAGAAGCUACCGGAGGAGCUCCAAGAGGAGAUCGAGGCCAAGGAUCAGGACCCUUCCGCGCCCCUUGCGAUGCAACGGCGCAACUCAGAUGUCGAGGUGCGCCGGCGCUCACAUUCCCUGACCGCGCCCCGCGCGAGCCUGGCCCGGCGCGGCAGCGAUGCGGGCCGCAUCGCUUCCGCGGUGGCAACGAGCGUUGCGCCGACGGUGCCGGAUUGGGCACGGAGUGAGAUCCAGAAGACCUUCGGGCACUAUGCAUCCUUGGCGGAUCCCUUAAACCGAACCAGCUUGACCUCACAGAAGUUUGGCCGAUUUCUCCGCGACUGCGGGCUGCUGAGCAUGGAGGCGCAGGGAGCCAUCAGCUUCAACUUUGCUCCCGAAGGCCGACGAUCCGUGAAGCCUCGAGGAUCCAUAGAUGUGGCAGCCAUGAUGGGAACAACUCGACCUGAUGGUCUCUCGCGUUCCAACUCCACUGGCUCCUUGAAGCGCAACUCCGUGAGUUCGUCCCUGCAACGACGAGGGAGCGGUGCUGGACUGGACGUUUCGCAGCUCGAGGGGCGACGGGCGUCCUUCGCAGUGAGCAACCAGGCCCAGAACAAUUCCCAGCUGCCCUUGAAGGCAAGGGCCAAGAGGCAUAGAUACACGCUCUUGGUGCUGUCUCACUGCAUUCUGUCGGCCUUGCACAAGGUCUUGGUUGUGGGCAACAUUGGCUGUCAUAGGUCGGACAAGUUCAAUGGGCUGCAGACGGAGAUGCCGGUGGAGCCGAAAGCUGGAGGUCAGAUCCAGGAAAAUAUCCGCGACCUCACCUUUGUCGGCGCCAGCGCAGCUGCCAGCCACCUAUCGUUUUGGGGCCCCUUCCUGUACGAGGUGGGGGAAAACGGCGCUAACGAGGUGUUUCCAGUGCCACCGCUGAGUCAAGUGGAGGUGGACUUGAUCUUUGUCCAGGCGAGCUGGAACCGAAAGCGGAUGGAGAUGUCUUUUUAA